AAACAUUUCUAGGUAGUCUGACCUGAUGUAGAACAAGGCGCUGGAAUAACUUGAAGAGGGUUGUCGGGCAAACGUUCGUUAAAGGCCAAGCCCAAAGGCGAUCAAAAGAAGACCCACUGAGCACAUAAAAGAUGAGCUGACAUUCAUUUAUUCUUCACUAGUCACUUGUCCGACUGACCAACAAGGAAUAAGUUCGAUUUUUUCUCUUCUCCAAUUUCAAGAAAAACAACAGAAAUCUUCAACCAUGGCAGACUUCAGACUUUUGGCUCGCACCCACGGCUUCAUGAAGCUAGCUGAAAUCAUUAUCGCCUUGGUCUGCCUCAUCUUGAUUCGCACCUACUCGUUGAACUUUGGCGGUGACGUCACCACAGGAUCGUUCCACGAUCGCUACAAUGUCGGAUUGGUCACAGUGGGUGGCAUGCUUUUGGUGUCCCUCCCGUUGCUCAUCUCUUACCUGUGGAGCACUUCCGGAACUUACCAGCCGUUCCUCGAGAUCAUCUACAACACGCUCGGUUUCAUCCUUUUCUUGACGGUUGGCUCGCUCGCCUUGGAUCAUUACCGCAACUACGCCGGAGUAACUCAUACCGGCAAUGACAACCGAAGAGGAGACAUGAACGAUUGGCUCGGGAACUCUAACACGACCCAAUCCGAUACCGGAAUCGGUAAAGCCUUCGGUUUCAACACCACCGACAACGUUACUGCUGGAAAGGCGCUUGGGGCUCUUUGCAUCAUCAACGCUUUCUUUUACUUGACCGAUGCUGCCUUGGCUCUUCGACAAGGUUCGACCGUAUGAACCGGAUGUUUUUUCCUCAUUUAUUUGCGAAGUGAAGUCGUGUAGAGCUUCAGCAAUACGGAAUAGCUCGUGAAAACUACAUAUAAAACUAUUUUUUGUUUGUCUUAACAUUUUAGUGUUUGCUUACCGUGUGUGAUUUUAUGUUUGUUCUUCCUAAAAAAAAACAAAAACCAAAUAUAUAAUUACAUGGUUAGCGGUAA